UUCUUAUGUUUUGUGUUUUGUGGCGGACAGAUAGAAAGGGUUUAAUUUUUUAAAAAUGUUUUCAUUUUGAUUCAAAUUUUACCAAUAUCUUUAAAAAAUCGUAUCAACGCCCCCAACUUUGUAGCCUCGUAUAUAAGUAGAAUGGGAACUAAAGUAAGUAAUUCCAAAGGUUUCUUGUUGGUUGGAACAAAAACAUAUUGAAUGGAAGUGAAAGUAAAAAUAAACAAAAGGUGAGGUGUCUGGUUAACCAAGGAUUUCCAGCCUUUAUCUUAUCUAAAUCUGACGUUGUGAUGAACAUCACUUCAUAAUUCACUCUAACACAACCAAGCAUGGGCACACUCGUUUCAACAUAUGCGGACGAAAACCUUUAUGAUCCUGAACUGCUGAAGGAUCUUGACUGGUCAUCUGUUCAAGAUGCCUUAAACCCUCCUAUCACCAGUGAAAACCCUGGGGAAACAUGGUUGUUAGUAAGGCCACUAAGAAUCUCCGACUACGAUAAUGGUUUUCUACAAAUUCUGAGGCAACUUACAACUGUUGGAAAUGUAUCAAGAUCGUUGUUUGAAAGUCAAUUUUGGAAUAUGAAAAAAGCAGGUGGAUACUAUGUGACAGUAAUAGAAGACACAAGAAAUCAUGAGAUCAUUGGAGCAUCUACCUUGAUAACUGAAUUAAAAUUUAUCCACAAUUGUGCUAUAAGGGGUAGACUUGAAGAUGUAGUUGUGAAUAAUUCUUAUAGAGGAAAGCAACUCGGAAAAUUGAUUGUUCUAACUGUAACUCUUCUUGCCAAGAAACUGGGCUGCUACAAAAUGUCCCUGGAUUGCAAAGACCCUCUCAUAUCUUUCUACAAGUCUCUUGGUUAUUGCCUAGAAGCUGGAAAUUCUAAUUCCAUGAUGUUAAGAUAUCCAGAUAAUUCCGCCCGCGAAAAUUUUGUUACAAAGUUAUGAAUGUGCAACAAAUAAAACAUGUUUCAAGCUCAA